CUCAAACAGUCGUAUAAAACGUCUUGGGCUCGUAUUCGUCGUAGUCAUAUUGCUCUGGUAACGUUCGCGUUCGGUACCCAGUGAUUUAUUAAAAUUCGUCUUCGUACACUUCUCUUCGUAUCUCUUUCGUUUCUCCGGUUUGCGUUCACGAUUAUUUUCAACUUAGUUUUCGCCAAAUAUAUUUAUACAAUAUACAAAUUCGCCAUCUUAUUUCCGUCUCCGGCACGACGUACGAUAUUACUACCAUGGUGUCGUGCGCAGUGUCAAUGUUGCUGACCGCGGCGGCUUGGUGCGCAUCCGCCAGUGCCCUUGCCGUCCCGGAGACUAUGGCCGCGACCGUGUUAGCGAACGGUUCGUCGGCAACCGCAGACUGGACCACACCAUCUGUGGCCUCCACAGUAGAAUCCACUGAAUCCACGCCGGCUAUAGUAGUGUACAACAGCAGCAGUGCAGACGACGACAACAGGGACUCGAGGUUCCUGAGUUUCUCGAUGGGCUCAGACCAGGCGGCCGGAACCGCCACAAAUUCGCUGUUGCAGGAAAAACAGGACGACCCGACCACCGACCCGAGCGCCCACCUAGUCGAUAUUUAUACCGACUGUCUGAUGCAGCUGUCGUUCCCGUGCGUCCAGCGCAAAUUCCUUUUGUUCCUCGACAAGCUUGGCAGGAUGAAAGGAUUCAGCGUUCUGGGUGAUCUGCUGUCGGUGGUCAGAAUCAAGAGGGACAUGCGACCACCACUGAACGAGACCGACUUGAUGGCCAGAUUAAACACUGUUGAUGAACAGAGCGCUCUGUCCGCACUCAUGGUGCACACCCUCGACCGUUUUAUCGGGUCGCACAUACUCCGCAUAACUUUACCAUCCGGUAUUACAGCGGCGCUAAAAGGAAACGCACGGUCCAUCGCAGGCAACACUUUGGACAUAAACUUGUCUAGGGCUAUUGGAGAAGGCCGAGGAAAAAGCAAAAAGUACAAGAAAAUGAUGCACAUGAUGAUGAUGGGACUGAUGGGUAAAAUGGCGCUCAUGGGACCGCUCAUGAUGUUGAUGAUCAAGGUGAAGGCUAUUAAGGCGUUGCUUUUGAGUAAACUCGCGCUGCUGAUGAGCUUGGCGCAGCUGAUGAAGGGGAAAAAAAGCGGCGGUGGUGCAUCUGGCAAAGAAGUGAUCAUCGUACACGACAACCACGGAGGAGGCGGAGCCGCGGAAUAUGGUGCUGGAACUGCAGCCGGAUGGGUGUCCGGUCACACAGCAACAGGUUGGUCGACGGGCGGCGGUGGUGAUAGCUACUCGGCGGGAUCACACAUUGGUGGCGGCGACAACACGUAUGCUGGCGGCCAGGACUCCUAUUCAUCAGGCGCUGGAGUGCCCAGUGGCUGGGCGGGCGUCAACGGACACGGCGGUAGCGGCUGGGCGAGAAAGUCCAUGGUGCACGAACCACAUUGGGUGGCUUACCGAGCUUACAUUCCUACACCCGAAGACGACCACGCCAACGAAAAAUGACCCGACAAUCUAGACUAAGACACAUGACCCAAUGAAUAUUAAAUUAUUGUAGCGUAUAACGUACAUCAUAUUAUUAUUAUGUACGUAUUAUUCGCGAUUACGCAAAGUAUAAACAACAUUAUAUUAUAUAAGUUAUUUUAUUUAUUUUUUUUAAUGGUCAAUCUGUGCGUGUAUGAUAUUAUGGUUUAUUUAUGAUAUAUGCAGUGUGUACGAUUAGGAUGAAACGGGAUACUUUCAAAUACGGACCACGGGUGUUAGAAAUUAAGCGACCCGUGUAGUACGUCGAUAAAAAUAUCCUUUUCGUCAUGCCCCAUAUAUUAUUAUAAUUUAAUAUUAUGCAUUAUUGUGACCACGUCGAUUAUUAUUUAUUUUAUAUUUAUUUGUAAAUAUUAUUUUUUAUCUAUAUACUCUCAAUAUUUAUUAUUUAUUGAAGUAAUCCAUAUUUAUAUAAUAUGUAAAUUAUAUAAUAUAUGAAUAUCGUGAAAAUUACAA